CGCGUGGGGAGGGGACGCUUCAUUCCCCGGGGCUGGAGGCGAGGGGGAGCCGGUGUCUGCGCAGCAGCAACCUGCAGAGCAGAGGGGCUGGCGGCUUCCCUGCCGGGCAGAGGAUGAGCAAAGCCCCCGGCGCGCUGGAGCAGGAGGACUUUCCAGCUGGGACAGACCAUGAGCAAUGACUUGACUGCAUGGGACAACACGACUGAGAGCACAACGACAGUGCCCGGCGAGGUGAACACGCAAGAUGGGUAUGUGCUGCUCCUCGUGCUGCUCUCCAUCUUCAUCGGAGGGACCUUGGUCCUGCUGUCCGGGAUCCUGAUUAUCUGCCGCCGGUGCUGCGAGACGGACCGCAGGCACUCCAGAGCCAGUGAUGACCCUGAGAAAACCAACACCACGUACCUGGAUGACUCUCAGCCUCCGCAAGAGAUCACCAUCAAGGUGGACGACCCCGACUGCCUGUCGGCCUCCAGCUACCGGGAUGUGGAGACGGAGCGUUUCCUCUCGUCCAGCUCCUCCACCGGGCGCCGGGUCUCCUUUAACGAGGCCGCGCUCUUCGAGCAGAGCAAGAAGACCCAGGAGAAGGGGAGGAGGUACACGCUGACCGAGGGGGAUUUCCACCAUCUCAAGAACGCCCGGCUGACCCACCUCCACGUCCCGCCGCCCGCCCUGAGGAUCAUCACCAUCCACGAGUGCGAGUCGACCGAGAACAGCCUGGCCAUGUCGCCCCGCCUGCCCCCGGCCAAGCCCAGCCUCGCCAUCUUCCAGCCCCCGGGGGACACCCUGCCCCAGACAGCCCUGACCGCCCACACCAUGUGCCCCAGUUCCGCCCUGCCUGGCGACACCUACAACUCCACCGUGGACACCAGUUUCGCCGAAGCCAGCCCAUCCAUCUCCUCCUCCUCUGGGGAGAGCCCUUCGUUUGAAGGGGCCGCCAGGAGUGGGAAAGGCACCGGCGCGGGCAGCACUGGACCCGGGGAGCCUCCGCCACCCCCUGCCCAGGGCACCGUGCUGCAGUUCUUCACCCGCCUGCGGCGUCACGCCAGCCUCGAGGGCACCAGCCCCUACUUCAAGAUCAAGAAGUGGAAGAUUGAGAGCAACCAGCGCGCAUCCAGCCUGGAAACCAGAGGCUCACCCAAGCGGCGUCAGUUCCAGAGGCAGCGGGCGGCGAGCGAGAGCAUGGAGCAGGAGGACAGAGACGCCCAUCAGACUGGCAUCAUCCAGUACAUUGCCCGGACAGACGACAUAGCCUUCCGCCCCAUGGCUGGGCCCUUCCUGCCAUCCCCCUCCAGCCCCCCACCCUCUCUCGGCAGGUUAGAGCCAGCAGAGGCGGGCGGGGGCAGCGUCCCCAGGGCGCCCAGCACGGAGCAGCAGACCAUCUACCACGACAUCUGGAGCCUGCGGGCCUCCCUGGAGCGGUGCGCCUCGUCCGAGCAGAGCAACGACCGGGACUCCGUGCGCAGCGAUGGGGGCGACAGCAUCUGCUCGGCCGGGGGUGGCAUCCCUGCCUUCCCCUCUUCCCUGGAGGAAGCCGAGGGCCUGGACGAGUGGCCGUGGGCCCGGCCCAGGCAGGAGAGCGCGGAAGCAGAGCCGGGCACACGCAAGCUGCUGCAGAUGGACAGUGGCUACGCCUCCAUUGAGGCGCCGAGCCGGGCGGGUGAGGACGGGCAUCCCAAGGGCCAGACGGCCUCGGAGAAGCGCAUCUGUUUCACCAGCGCCGGACGCAAGGGCACCAUCUUUGAGAGCUUUGAGGGGCACGAGCCCGAGGAAGAGGAGGAGGAAGAGGGGGCGGUGGGGGGGCCGCUGCCCCAUAGCCCCCUGGCCCGGUCCCCCUAUGGGCAGAUCUUCCUAGCCCGGGAUGCGCUGCCCCGGCGGGACUACAGCAUCGACGAGAAGACGGACGCCCUCUUCAACGCCUUCGUCCGUCACGACCCGCAGUUCGACGACUCGCCCCUGCGUGCCAAGCACCGCUCCCGCGCCCACCUGCGCAAGCAGUGGCAGCGUUCCAAGCAGCACAGCGACCCCGGUGGGCGCUACCCCCCUGCCCUGGAGCGCCACCGGACCCCGCUGCGCCGGGGAGGCAGCCUCAGCUACCCUCCGGACAGCCGCUACCACGGCACCCGGCCCCGCGUCGUCAGCACCGAGGCGGCGGGCGAGGCCGGGGACGGCUCUGCCGUGCCCGACGCCGACGCCAAGAUCCAGGUGAUCGAGGAGGAGCCGCCCGAACUGGCUGGCGACCUCAAGCUGGCUUCCGAUCCCUAUGACGAAGAUUGCCCUGGCGAUGGCCAGGGCCCAAACUGUGGGCCCCAGCCCCUAGGGGCUGAGCUGAUGGACAAGAUCAUGGGGGGGCUCGAGGACAGGCUGUAUGGGCACUUGAGAAAAUCGAGAGAGAGUCCGGAGUGUCUGGUGGCCGUGGCCUCUCCCGACCACAGCCCCGUCUAGGGGGCGGGAGAGCAGACCGAGCUCACUCAUCCACUGAGUCAGGCUUCAGGGCUUCAACCCCUUCCACAGCUGGCACUGCCAGCACGUUCAGGGCAUUCGAACGGCAGCAGGGGGGUGUGGAUCUGCCCGGACAGACGCGCCCGGUUCGAGGGGAUCGGGCUCCGCCUGGACGUUCCUGUCGCCUUGGAACGGUCCAGGGCAGAGGGCAGGCUCAGCCCGCCCUGUUUGAGUCUGGAGUGGGGGGUCUACUUGGAUGUACCCAUUGCAUUCAAGGGCUUUGAAGGGCACAGAUCUGUACAGAGGUACCCGCCCGUGGGCGGGAUCCAGGGGGACACAGAUCCACCCAGAUGUACCCGCCACAGGGUCCAGGGGGGCACAGAUCCUCCCAGACCCACCUGCAAUGUGGGUGGGUUCCAGGGGGCACAGAUCCACCCAGGCACACCUGUCACAAGGGCGGGGUCCUGGGGGGGAUCCCCAGUGAAGCAGCCCCUGCCCCCAUGCAGGCCUGGCAGCCGGAAGGGGUUGUUACAGAGGCGAGGAGUGUUUGCCAAAGCAGGCGACUCUUCCACAGCCAGGAGGUUGAUUUUAAGGGACUUGUACUAAUAACCCCCCAAACUCUUACCUCACACCGUAGAGCUGUGUAGCACAUAUGACACCCCCCUCCCCCCCAGUCCUGGGGCAUGGCCCCUCCCCUGCACACCCCACGCCCCCCACCCUCCUCUCUCUCUCUCUGAUUUUUUACAAGCAAUAACGUCUCUGUCCGGAAUCGUCCUUGCAAAGAAGGGAUCGGGGCUGGGAUCCGCGGUGCUGGGAGUGGAGAUGGGCCACUGAAGGAGGGGGAGGGCAGCUCCAAAGUUUCUCCCGGAGGGAGGCAUUGCUGGGGGCAGCAACGCAUUAGGGGGGGUGGGGGAGGUUUGAGGCCUGGGAAAGCUGCUGCCCCCUUGUGCCAGUUACUUCCCUCUUCCCACCCUGGGGACAUCUCGACCCAGGGCAGGCUCAUGGGCUCUUGGCUUGAAGCUCUGGUGCUGGGACCUACGGGACAGGGGGUACAUGGAGCAGCUAGAGAGGGGGCGCAGGAGAUGAUGGUCCAAAGGGGAGGAAGGAGCAGUGGGGCAGUUGGAUGGGAGGCCAGGUCCCAAGCAGAAUCAAGGGGCCAGCAGGAGAUGGUGGCAGGUGUCACUCACUUCCCUCCUGGGACUGAGACUGAACCAGGCCAAGGGCCUGGCGGGGAGGGGCAAAAGGGGGGACCGCACCAAAACCAGUGAGGAGUGAGGCUGAAGGAGCCUUGCUCCGCAGCUCUGCCUCCAGUACCCCCAUACAGAGGGUAACCAGGGCCCCGGCUGGAAUGCGUAUCUGCCCCGGGCUGCGUCCCCUGGGUCGGGAAGCGGGGAGAAGCUGAGGCUUCCAACUGGACAGGCCCUUCAGCAACUGCUGCUAGAAAAAUCUCAUUCUCCAGGUGCCAAAUUGAGGGUGGGAUGGACACUCACACAGUGCCAUGGGGCGGGGCGGCUCCUGGGAUGGCCUGGAACUGGAGCCUAUCCCCAGGUAUCAGUUUCCCGGGGGGGGGGGGGGAAAUGCUUGCUCCCCAUCCCCCAAAAAACUAACUGGCUCCUCCUUUCUCCUUCCCUAUAUUACUGGGCCCAAGUGGGAGAAGGGCCUAGAUCUAGCAUGCCUUGUGGGGCUGGUGGCAAGAUGGGGCAAAGGGGGAGUCAGAUCUCCUAACUCCCCUUCUCCCCCCAACAACUUUAUACCUGGAAAGCCAACACCCCCCCUCCUGCUUCUCCUUGAACUGCUCUCCCCCCAAACCUGGCUCCCCCCAGUUCUCCCCCAGGGAGCAAAGUGAUGGGCUUUAUUUAUUAUUUAUUGAUUUUUAUAGAACUGGAUGGAUUUGCUGCUCCAUGGGGGGGCAGGUUCCGCUUUUUAUGGGAUUUUGUUCAUGUAUCAAAGGAUGAGAAGCAAAAAGCUUUAUUAUCCGAAAGACUCGGUCAGCGCAGGGGAAGGGGGAGGGGCAGGGUGGGGUGUGGGGGAGGAGAUGCCAGCCACAUUCGUAUCCUGCCCUCCCCCCCCAUCUUGGUGCUCUUGUCACCCCCGUUCCUGGCUGCGCUUCGACAUUUGCAUGUGAUCAAAGAGGCUGGGUCGUUCCUCUGCAGAGUCUGUCCAAAGCACUAACAUGAAACCACAACUCUGCCUUUUUCAACCUAUAAAGACCAAGUGUCGAGAGUU